AUGUCGUUGCAAAGCCAACAACCUGACGUCAAUAUUCUGUUGCACAACAUGCGUGCACAGAUAUUGACGUUGACCACGCAACUCGCCAAGCUGCAGGCGAACCCCGCCGCAGCAACCCCCUCAGUCAGGAAAAAGUUCACAAAGAAAGUCGAAGUUGUUGCUGACCCUGGCGCCUUCAAAGGAGAAAGAUCACAAUUCGCCAAAUGGUGGAUCAAACUCCAAAUUUGGGUCAAGGCAAACUGGGAUGUGUUUGCCGACAACUUUGAGACCGCGGGAGUGUGGCCUGUCUGGGAUGAUCUCAAAGUUGAGAUUGAAAAGUAUUUCAAACCGCAAGCUGAGCGUGACUGGGCGCAUCAGCAGAUCCGUUCCUUCAAACAAGGAAAUAUGAGGACGGAUGAUUUUGUAACCCGGUUCCUGGCCCUCUCUAUCCAAGGGGGCUUAGGUAAUGAACAUGCGGUAGAGCUAUUGGAAUGCAAUGUGAACCCUCAUAUUGCAGAACAACUCUAUCUGCAGGAUAUGAGAAACGACAACCUCUCCCAAGCAGCGGAGGAGGUUAGAAAGAUAGGUAGGGCCAUAGAGCUCUACAAAAUGCACCAAGGUGGCGGGAUCACCACCAAAAAUAACUAUUCCCAGAGGAGCCCUGGGUUAUCAAACCAAAAAUCAAAUCACUCUCACAGGUUCCAGCCUUUUGGGUUGCAACCAGGUCAGGGUGCUCCAAUGGAUAUCAGUGUGGUCCAAGGUGGACAGAAGGGCAGAUUCACCUGCUUCAGCUGUGGGCAGGAGGGGCACAUGGCCCAAGAUUGCAUAAACAGAGCGCGGGCCGCUCAACAAAAAAAUAACCAAGCGUGCCAAUUGGAAUCAGAAAAGCCGGACAAUCAGCUCAACACUCUGGCCGGUCGUUCUUACGACAAAAUCCGGGCUUUCUUCUAUGACCAACAUGUUAAUGAAAUGAAAGCUUAG